AUGUUCGGAGGAGGAGGAGGAGGUUUCGGAAAUAGUAUGUUCAUGGAUGAUUUUGGUGGUUUUGUUGGAGGGAUGAAUCACCGGAAAGGAUUCGGCCGAUGUGCGUCUACGCGAGCUCCCAGUCCUGAGAUGAAGAAAAGCCGGAUUGCCGAGUUCGAUUUGAAGUGUUCGUUGGAGGAGCUUUAUGAAGGGAAGACGAAGAGGGUGAAGUUUGAUAUGCAAAUGUGUAUUAUUUUCCGAGAUUAA